GGUAGUUUGCUAGCUUAUACAGUGGCGGCCAUAUUCACAUCUAUAGGCAUCGCAUUAGACGUUUUCGGUUUCUGUGGGACACCCAGAUCUACAGACCGUUUUACACCGAUUCUUUCUCUUACCUUUGAACAAAGACCACAACCGUCCAUAAACGUCUGGAGAACACUGGAAUACACACGGGGCCUCCACGACGAAGAAAUGCAGUCUGAAAUAAGGCGCUAGUUUGACUGUACAAUGCCUUUUGCCCAGCCGCAAGAUUCCUGGCACAAAAUGGAGGUGCAUAGCGUAAGUGAGGUCAAUGGGCAUCAGCUCACAGAGGAGCCGAUGGAGGAGGGAGAACCUCUCUCGCACUGUGAGGAGGGCACCUACGAGGAGAUCCCCAUCACCCACCAUGUGAAGGAGGGCUGUGAGAAGGCGGAGCCCGCCCAGUUUGAGCUGCUCAAGGUGCUGGGCCAGGGCUCCUUCGGCAAGGUUUUUCUUGUUCGCAAGAUGAUGGGUCCAGACGCCGGGCAGCUGUAUGCAAUGAAGGUGCUGAAGAAAGCCUCUCUGAAAGUUCGGGACCGUGUUCGCACGAAGAUGGAACGGGACAUUUUGGUGGAGGUGAAUCACCCCUUCAUAGUGAAGUUGCACUACGCAUUUCAAACAGAAGGGAAACUGUAUUUGAUAUUAGAUUUUCUCAGGGGCGGAGAUGUCUUUACUCGUUUAUCCAAAGAGGUUAUGUUUACAGAGGAGGAUGUGAAAUUCUACCUUGCAGAGUUGGCCCUUGCUUUGGACCAUCUACACAACCUAGGCAUUGUUUACAGAGACCUGAAGCCCGAAAACAUUUUGCUUGAUGAAGCUGGACAUAUCAAGUUAACAGACUUCGGGCUCAGUAAAGAAUCAGUGGACCAGGAUAAGAAAGCUUACUCUUUUUGUGGUACUGUGGAAUACAUGGCACCUGAAGUGGUCAACAGAAGAGGACACACACAGAGUGCCGAUUGGUGGUCCCUCGGUGUUCUAAUGUUUGAAAUGUUGACGGGUACUUUACCCUUCCAAGGAAAAGACCGGAAUGAGACCAUGAACAUGAUCCUGAAAGCAAAGUUGGGAAUGCCACAGUUCCUGAGCCUGGAAGCCCAGAGUCUUCUGAGAAUGCUGUUUAAACGGAAUCCUGCCAACCGGCUGGGAGCUGGCCCAGAUGGUGUGGAGGAGAUCAAGAGGCACGCCUUCUUCUCCACCAUAGACUGGAAUAAACUAUUCAGGAUGGAACUCCAGCCUCCAUUUCAGCCAGCGGCAGGGAAACCAGAGGACACCUUCUGCUUCGACCCAGAAUUCACUGCAAAAACCCCCAAAGACUCCCCCGGAGUCCCCCCCAGCGCCAACGCACACCAGCUUUUCAAAGGCUUCAGCUUUGUAGCCCCAGCCUCCCUGGAGGAAGGAAAGGGCUCCCCCCUGGUCAACAUCCUCCCCAUCGUACAGCAGCUGCACGCAGGCUCUGCGCAGUUCGCCGACGUCUACGAGCUGAAGGAGGACAUCGGCGUGGGCUCCUACUCCAUAUGCAAGCGCUGCGUCCACAGAGUCACCAGCAUGGAGUUCGCCGUCAAGAUCAUCGACAAAAUCAAGCGGGACCCCUCAGAGGAGAUAGAGAUCCUAAUGCGAUACGGCCAGCACCCCAACAUCAUCACUUUGAAAGACGUGUAUGACGAGGGGCGCUUCGUGUAUCUGGUGACGGAGCUGAUGAAGGGGGGUGAGCUGCUGGACAGGAUCCUGAGGCAGAAGUACUUCUCCGAACGCGAGGCCAGCGGCGUGCUCUACACCAUCGCCAAGACCGUGGACUACCUGCACUGCCAGGGGGUGGUGCACAGGGACUUGAAGCCCAGCAACAUCCUGUACACGGACGACUCGGGGAACCCCGACUCCAUCCGCAUCUGCGACUUCGGCUUCGCCAAACAGCUGCGCGGGGAGAGCGGCCUGCUGCUCACGCCCUGCUACACCGCCAACUUUGUCGCCCCUGAGGUACUGAUGAGGCAGGGCUACGAUGCGGCCUGUGACAUCUGGAGCCUCGGAGUGCUACUGUACACCAUGCUGGCAGGCUACACGCCCUUCGCCAACGGCCCCAACGACACGCCCGAGGAGAUCCUGCUGCGGAUCGGCAGCGGGAAGUUCUCCCUGAGCGGAGGGAACUGGGACACCGUGUCUGACAGCUCCAAGGAGCUGCUGUCUCACAUGCUGCACGUGGACCCCCACCAGCGCUACUCCGCGGAGCAGGUCCUGAAGCACUCGUGGAUCGCCUGCAGGGACCAGCUCCCCCACUUUCAGCUGGCUCGCCACGACGCCCCGCACCUCGUCAAGGGAGCGAUGGCAGCCACCUACUCAGCACUGAACCACAAGACCUGUCUGCCAGUCCUGGAGCCUGUGGCCGCCUCCAGCCUGGCCCAGCGCAGGAACAUGAAGAAGCUCACUUCUACAGACUUAUAGUGCACGGCUGACUCUGCGGUGGGAAGGCGUGUGUGUGCGUGUGCGUGUGCGUGCGUGUGUGUGUGUCUGUGUGCGCAUAAGUGUGUGUAUCUAUAUGUAGGUAUGUGUGUGUGUGUAUAUGUAUAUGUAUGUAGGUGUGUGUGUGUGUGUGUGUGUGUGUGCGUGUGUACAUGUGUGUGUGUCUGUGUGCGCAUACGUGUCUGUAUCUAUAUGUAGGGAUGUGUGUGUGUGUGUGUGUGUGUGUGUGUGUAUCUAUAUGCAUGUGUGCGUAUCUAUAUGUAUGUAUGUGUGUGUGUGCGCGCAUAUGUGUGCGUGUAUCUAUAUGUAUGUAGGUAUGCGUGCGCGUGUGUGUGUGUUUAUGUGGGUGUGUGCACAUGUAUGUAUAUUUGCGUACAUGUGCGUGUAUCUGCGUGCAUGGGCAAGUGUGUGUGCCUACAUGUGUGGGCAAGUGAGUGUGUGUGUGUGUGUGUGUGUGUUGGGGAUAUCUCGUCGUUGUCAUUUAUUUAUUCAAACGUUUCCCCUCCCCGAACUUUGGCACAUUGCUCCGCCUCCCCCACCUAUACUGCCCACCUACCAUUCCAAAACCCCGCCCCCCCCCAGGAAGGCUAUUCGUCGGUAGACGGGUUUCUGUGACAGCCCUGCAUCUCGUACUGUUGGGAAAGUUUCCGGGUGCGCUUGUCACUCAUCGAUUAUCGAUUAUCGAUUGGUCUCCUGUAUGCACACAUCCCCGUCUCCCGUCUCCCCUCACAUAAGCACCAGCUCUUACUCCUAAUUCACUGUGACUGGCCCAGCUGGAGCUACAGACAGACACUCUGUACACUGUGCAUCUCCCUGCCCACUUCCUGACUGAGAGACCUUCACCGGGCCCCUCAUCUGUGACAUUGGGGACAGCCUCCACCAAACCCAGACCUUGCAUUCUGGGAAAAAACGCAGAAGUGUCUAUUCCGGUGGAAUCCGAUCGGAUGUUAACACGGAGGGCGGAGAUGAAUUUCGCUAUAAUUCUGCGGUAGACAAGUCCGUUAUUUAAGCAACCGUUAUUUCCUCUUUUGAAUUCAUCGAGACGCCAGAGCUUUUGUUUAUUUCUGUUAUUUUCGUUUCUGUCCCGAAAAAAAGGGUGAGGUUUUAGUUUUUUGAUGCGCACACUUGCAGCUUGUGGGGUGGCGCUCUUUCAGUGUUCUCCUGCUCUUAGUUUUCCUCGCUUUUAAAACCUGCAAUUUUUUUUAUCGUGUUCUUGGGGAUUUAAAAAAAGAAAAGAAAAAAAAAAGCUACAGGCUAAAAGAAAAACAAACGAAAGGUCAACGAAUGUGGAUUUAUCUUUAUUUUUUUUUGUACAUUGAGGUGUGUUGUAGGUACAGUAUUAUUCCUGAGGGGUGAAAGGUCAGGGACCCAAGAGGAUGAUGGGAUUGAGGGAGGGGACCCCCUCCCCCCCAGUGUAAAAAGGCAUCUCUUCAAAGACAUUGUGGAAAUUGUAUCAUAUUGUAUUUAUUUCAUUUAAUUUUUGAAAAUAUAUUUUUCUUUCAAGGUCUGUAUAUAUUGACAUUAAAGAUCAUUAUUGAUGUA